GAAAGAGUACAGCAAUGUCAGAAUUAUUGGAUAUCAACUUUGGUGUGGAUCUUAUUGAGGCAGCAAAAGCGGAAUAUGACUUUCUUAUCGAAGUUGAAAGUUUGGAAUACCUUCGAAACGAUGCGGUGCUGCAAUAUUCCAUUUACAGAUACGAAAAAUUUUGGCUGCCACUUGUUGCUUCCCAAAAUGAGAGCACCUUGCAGCCUGAAAAUUUACACCCACCAAUUGACAUAGAAUGGGUUUGGCACUGUCAUAUGCUAGCACCACACAAGUAUGCAGAGGAUUGCAUGCCUCUGUUUGGAAGAGUUCUGGAUCAUUCUGUUGUGAAGUCACCAGCGGGAAAACAACUUACAGAGAAGAUUUGGUCUCAGGCUUAUGCUGUUGAAACAUUUGAGCUUAGCCAGGAGAUACGAAUUGGAAAUGUGUCUCCUACAAUAAAAGAAUAUAAGUCGCAUUUUACUUUUGAUCUGUUGGCAGCUGUCCAUCGUCAGCAGGAUUUCUUUUAUAACAUCCAUCUGCCACAUUACAAAGACGACAAGUUUCUAAGCGAUGCUAAUGUACGAUACAAAUUUUACUUAAAUCUGAAGAAAUUACAUCCAAAAGAAUUUUUGGUGCCUUGUUAUGAUAUUGAUUUGCUUUGGCACACACAUCAACUUCAUCCGAUCGAUUAUAUAAAAGUCACAAAAGCCCUGCUUGGUCGUACCCUUGUUCAUGAUGACACGGUGACAGACAGAAGUCCUGGAUCCAAACUAUCGGUGUCUGAUGAAAAUACAAGAAGGCUCUGGUCAGAAACAUACCAUGAACGAUUUUCUAAAUUUGGUGCAAUGUACCGAGGCGAUUCUCCAAGGGGUAAACUUUAUCACGUUACACAGCAAGACAUCGACAAAAUGUGUGGAAGAAGAGCUGUUGUCACUAUUCAUGAAAUACAAGUCACGUGUUCAAACUCAAAUAUUGAUAAAAAGAUCAAGGUAAAAGUACUCAAAACAGAUUCCAUGUGGAGAUCUAAUGUAAUUAAAAAAUUGACGGGAAAAGUAAAAAACAUGACGUGGAGGCAGCAGGAUAUAAAGUUUCCAUUUGGCACCUAUGACUCAACACUUACUUUUCUGCUCGAAACAAGAUACAGCAUAUUUGGCAGAAUUGGGAAAUAUAUUGGGGGGUUUGACGAAAAAUUUGGUCCUUACCUCAUACGCCCUGAGUUACAGGAAGGUGGUGAAUUCCAGAUUGAAGGGGACAUUGAGAAUGGCAUGCAUACGACUAAAAGCCCAUUGCUCCAACAAGCAAAAUGUUUGGUCAGAGGGUCUUUCUUACGACCCAUUUUAGAUGACAUUGUACUUUCUUUGGAGCCAGGAAUCUACGAAGAGGCAAAUAUGCCAACGAAUGUAGAACAACUUUGGGGUCCUGUUCCUUUGCCAAAGUCUGACAAAGAAAAUAAAUGUCAGGUGGCUUCUCACAGGCUACGAGACCCGAAUGGAAACAUUAUGUUUACUUGUCGUUUAAUACACAGUGUAAGCGUUAUGACGUCAGUUGUUCAUGUGUUCUAUCAUGACAAAAUGGCUGCAGUUGCGCAUGUUAUAGGUUCUGAUCAACUACCAUUGGAAACACAGGUAGGGCCGGAAAACAUUUGGUUGGACCCAGGUUCUGGUGAAAGAGCUAUUGUAAUCAAAACUGAAGAGGGAGAUUCCCUGAUUCUUGUGGGGAAGUGGGACGGAUUUAUCAGGAGGAUUCCUGGAAAAGUCAGAAGAGGAGAUCCAGGCCAUUUGCAAGUAAAAGUUUUUAGAGUGGAUUAUAAAGGUCCUCUCCAAAAGGCAGUAAUAAAUCUUUCAGAAUACCAACCAGUAGAGUUUGAGGGACUUCAGUUAGACUUCAAGAGAGGCUCAAUCACUUGCAGUACGAAAGCUUCGGGACAAGUUCUGAACUAUGUUGCCCUGUCAUUUUCCAUUGCUCUUCUUCACGUACUCUGUGUGCCUCGUCCUUCUAACUGGCAACCUGGUAUGGUUCUAAAACCAAAAGUAACAUCAAGAAGGAGACGAAAAAUUAGAGGACUUCCAGGUGAAGAUUUGUCAUUUAUGCAGGCAGCCGGUCUUCUGCAUCAAACACCCUCAAAUCACUACAUGUAUCAUACGUAUGGUGCUAAUGUUUGUGCUGGCUGUUGUUCUAAGGGCAUUGAUUGUGAUAAUACUGAUGUAGGAUUUGAGCAAGGUGACUGUAUCAUUGAUUCAGAUGGAGGUGAUUUUGGCGGCGGAGGUGAUGUUGGUUGUGGUGCAGAUGAUGGGAAUGGCGACUGCGGCGGUUGUGGUGGUUGUGGUGGCUGUGGUGGAUGUGGUGGUGGCAGUGGGUGCGGAGGCGGUGGAGGUGGCUGCGGUGGAGGAUGCGGAUGUGGUGAUUGAGGUGGAUGUGAUGAUUGAGAUGGAUGUGAUGUUUUUAUCAAUUUAUUUUAUUUUCGAAAUGAUACUUUCAUUCUUCUCCCAAAAAAUUAGUUCAUUGAAGUUUUUGGUCAACGUAGUACCUCCAUUAGUUACUCCAAUUUUCAUUAACAUUACUCCUCGAAAGAAAGUUUUCUUUGUAAUAAAAAAUGAGCAAAAGGAGAACGAUUUUUGGAAGGAGUCACAUUUCAAUAUCAAUUUUCCUUUGAUUAAUUCUACCUUUCAUAUGAUUAGAUUUUAAAAUUUACGUAUUGGGUCAAAAUGUGAUUCAUUCGCAUUCAAAAUCGGCCGAAACAGAAUUUUCUUCAUUUAAACAUCGAUUUUUGCUUGAAAUUAGACCUGGAAGUCCUUCAGGGAAAUGUGCUCCAAAAUAUUGAAUUAUAUUUUGAAUC